GUGUAAUUGGUCGCAUUUCGCUGGUUGUCCACAACGCACGCGUGCAGAUUCACUGACUUCUUACAAAACUGGAAGGGAAGGAAGUUAUUGGCUGCCUUCAAGCCGUUUUUCAGGCGAUAUUCAUUUUUGUCUUCAGGUAAUCGACAUCAUAUUAAAAUCGCUAGAUCUGCGCAGAUGCAACGACGUUUUAUGAAGCAGAACCCAGCUAAGCUACGCAUCUGUCACUACAGUUAUAGCUUGGGUUGCAAUGCAAGAGGAUUGAACAGCAAUGGGCUAGCUAACAUAAAACAUCUCUGUUGGAUAGUCUAGAAGUUUUUGUAAUAAAUAAUAGCGAUUUCCACAGAACACUACAAACAAACUAAGUUGUUCGUCUUGCCUGUUGUGUAACUUGGUGCGCUAGCUAGCUUACCCAGCUGGCUAAAUGACUGAGAUCAUCAUCACGGCUUUGUACUAACGUUAAGCCUAUCAAGAUGGCAAACUGGCAAACUGGCUAACUUACUAGCUAAUAUAGCUCAACUUCCUAGCUACUUUCUUGAAAUAUCGACAAGGAGACCAGACUGAGCAUGUAUCACAAAGAGAAGAGCAUUCAGAUCAAGAGCAGUGCCUCUGCGUUGUACAACAACCUGAGCGUGCUGCGCAUCGCCCCUCGUUCACUCACCUACUUCACCGUGGUCCAUGCCAACGUCGUCAACAUGGUGAGCGCCUCCUGGGACGGCCUCAACUUCUCCCAUCGCCAGCUGCAGUCCAAAGAGGGCAACAUCGCAGCCAGCUCCUCGCUCAUCAUGCAGGCAUCAUGGUGUGUUCUCCCUUCUCGAGAGCUUCUGGUGCUCACCUCCCAGAAGGGCAUCCAGAUGUAUGAGUCAGAUGGAUCCAUUAUGGUUUAUUGGCAUGCCCUGGACAUUCCCGAAACACCCACAGCCCAGGCAGUGUUUGCUCGGGGCAUAGCUGCUGUAAGGGAAAACUACAUCUGCGUGGGUGUGUCAUCUGGCUCAGUACUGGUGUUUGACAUUCCUAGUAAAGGAAGCAACAUCAUGCUGUCAGAGGUGUUGGAGGAGCACAGGGAGUCCGUUACAGACAUGGCCUCAGAAUGUUCUGGCAGCCAGGAGUGCAUUGCUGACCUCGUCACAGCAGAUGAUUCUGGAAUCCUCUGUGUCUGGAAAUCUGGGGAGGACUUCCAGCUGCUCAAUAAGAUCCCGGGCUUUGAUGUCUGCUGCUCCUCAGUGAAGUUGUGGAAAGGGACAGUGGUGGCAGGAUAUGGCACAGGACAAAUCCGGCUGUAUGAAGCUGUGACGGGGAUUGUGCACGCGGAAGUCAAUGCUCACGCACGCUGGAUCUACUCCCUGGACAUUGCCCCCUUCUCUGGCCUGUUGCUGUCUGGCGCUGAGGAUUCCCUUGUGCGAGUUUGGCAUCUCACGCUAACCCCAGAGACGAACAGUGUGGAGAUUGAGCACCUGUACAGUGAGUGUGUCACCGACACCCAGAUCUGCGGAGCCAAGUUCUGCGAUGGGGAUGGAUAUGCUUUCGCUGUGACCGGAUAUGACUUGAGCGAGAUUAUCCGCUACACACAGGCGUAGUGUGUGUGUAUGUAUGUGUGCGUGUGCGUGUGCGUGACACUUGUGCUAUGUUUAUGCUGCGAUGUUAUGCUUUCACAACAACAUGAAAGGUUGCCUGGAGAGCAGCAUUCAUUUAUGAAUACCACAUUCAUAGAAAAGGGAUCAGGUCUGAAAGGUUGUCUGCUUCAUAUUCUGGACCUGGGGUGUCCAAUCUUAUCUGAAAACGGCUGAUGUGAGUUUUUUGUUUUAGUCCAGCACUAUGACACCCGAUUCAAUUAAUUAACAAAUUAUGAUGUUUAAUCGAGACUUUGGCCAUGUCUGAAACUACUGUGUCUUCAAAAUAUGUACUGUCUAUUGAACCUACUGCCAAAGUAUACAAGGACAAGAUGUGUUUAUGAAUGCAGUCUGUGAGUACACUAGAUGAAAAAGUUAAGUAGAGAAUAUUUCCUGUGAAUGUAGUGUACUUUAAUAUACAUUUUUCUGAAUUUUCCCUGAAUGUGUUCACUAGCAGACUUCUCUGGAAGGAGGAGGCUGAGCCAUCUAUGGGUCCAACCAUAGUGCAACGCCAUACCGUUGAAAAACAGCAUGGGGAAUAUGUCAUGCAGUAUAUUUAGUUACACUCAGUGAAAUCCUUACAAAAUGUAGUACCAGUACAUUUAGAUAAACAUUUUGGCUACUUAACGACUGGGCCCUUGUCACCUGGCCUGAAAUGGAAAUGGCAGGGCCAGGAUAACAAAAAUACAAUGUAGGUCACCAUUUUUUCCUGAUCAGGAAGACGGUAGAGACUGCUUGUGAAAGUAGGGGUAAUUUUGUCUUCUAUCUGGUGGCAUGCGUACAUUGGCUGGCACCUGUGAGUGUGAAGUAGACUGCAGUAUGUUCUAUGACAGAUGUACCUAUUAGUCAUGGUCCACAGAAGUGCAGAUUUGGUACCAUGGUGUUCAGCAGUCACCCACAUUUUAGCACAGGAUUUCAUUUUAUCCUGACCUGUUGACUUAGAGGUACCAAAUGCGUGAUAUAUACCCUUAAAAUAUAUUUAUGAAUACAUUUAUUUUAGAAAUUGUAUAUGUAAUUGCACAGCUGAUUUGGUACAUAUUUGUUUAGUCAUGAUAGUGCUUUGAAUGUCAAUAAAAUCUGUGGAAUAUGA